AUGUCUGUGUUACCGCGGAGAAUACUGAAGGAAACGCAACGUCUGAUGCAGGAACCGGUGCCCGGAAUCAGUGCCAAGCCGGACGAAGGAAAUGCGAGGUAUUUUCACGUCAAAGUCACGGGGCCCGAAGACUCACCUUUUGAAGGGGGCCUGUUCAAGUUGGAACUAUUUUUGCCCGAAGACUAUCCAAUGUCAGCGCCAAAGGUUCGCUUCAUCACUAAAAUUUACCAUCCAAAUAUUGACAGACUUGGAAGAAUAUGUUUGGACAUUCUCAAGGACAAAUGGUCACCAGCAUUGCAGAUCCGUACUGUUCUUUUGUCCAUACAAGCGUUGUUGAGCGCACCAAAUCCAGACGAUCCAUUAGCAAACGAUGUAGCUGAACUAUGGAAAGUCAAUGAAAUUGAAGCCAUACGCAAUGCUAAAGAGUGGACACGCAUGUAUGCCUCAGAAAACUGA